CGGAGGCGGCGCCUGCGCUGUGAGGAAACCAGGAAAAAAAAAAGGGAAAAGAAGAAGCCGGGUGAGAGGCCGACGGACGGGUUUACGGCGUCUGCCGGGUCUGGAGCCGCCGCUGUCGCUGCGCCCCUCGCCUCGUCGGGACCAUGGCAAGCCCAAGAACAAGAAAGGUCCUUAAAGAAGUCAGAGUGCAAGAUGAGAACAAUGUUUGUUUUGAAUGUGGUGCAUUUAACCCCCAGUGGGUGAGUGUGACUUAUGGAAUCUGGAUCUGCCUGGAAUGCUCAGGAAAGCAUAGAGGCUUGGGUGUUCAUCUCAGCUUUGUGCGUUCUGUCACAAUGGACAAAUGGAAAGACAUUGAACUGGAGAAAAUGAAGGCUGGUGGCAAUCUUAAAUUCCGUCAGUUUUUAGAGUCACAAGAGGAUUAUGAUCCUUGCUGGUCACUGCAAGAGAAAUAUAACAGCAAAGCUGCAGCACUCUUUAGGGAUAAGGUGGCUUCAUUGGCUGAAGGUAAACCAUGGUCAAUUGAAACUUCUUCUGCUAGAAACUGGACUCCACCUCAACCCAAAGUUGCUCUGUCUUCAGCUCACCGACCGGCCGGACAACCACAGAAUGCUGGUGCCAGUUCUGACAAAGCCUUUGAAGACUGGUUAAAUGAUGACGUUGGCUCCUAUCAAAGUGGUCAAGAGAAUCGCUAUGUAGGGUUUGGGAACACAGUUACUCCUCCAAAGAAGGAAGAUGACUUUCUUAAUAAUGCCAUGUCCUCUCUGUAUUCGGGAUGGAGCAGUUUUACAACAGGAGCAAGCAAAUUUGCUUCUGCAGCUAAAGAAGGUGCUACCAAAUUUGGAUCUCAGGCAACUCAAAAGGCUUCAGAGUUAGGUCAGAGUUUAAAUGAAAAUAUUCUCAAACCUGCACAGGAAAAGGUGAAAGAUGGAAAAAUUUUGGAUGACGUUUCCCAGGGGGUCUCUCAUUUGGCUUCCAAGGUCCAGGGAGUAAGUAGCAAGGGAUGGCGAGACGUUACUACUUUUUUCUCUGGGAAAUCAGAUGAGCCUUCUGAAAGGCCACCUGAGGGGGAGAGCUACCAGAACAGCAGAGGUGAAGGCUACCAGAACAAUGCAGUGGAUCAAAGCUUUUGGGAUACCUUUGGUAACUCAGACCCUCCAAAGACCCACAAGUCCCCAAGCAGUGAUAGCUGGACAUAUGUGGACAAUUCAACUGAAAAGAAGAGCUCCGAUAGCUGGGAUGUCUGGGGGUCAGGGACUGUCUCCAAUAACAAGAACAGUAACAGUGACAGCUGGGAAAACUGGGAGACCAACUGGGAAAAUGCAGCAGGGGAGGGCAAAGCCAGAAAGACCCCUAAGAAGGCGACAAAAGAAUCUUCGGCUGCUGAAGAAGGGUGGGAUAACCAGAACUGGUAGGACUUUAUCCCUGUUCAGCCUAGCAGUGGGAAAAGUCAUCCCUCUGAUGGAAAGGUGUCCCAUAUAACUGAAUUAACAUCCUUGUCAUUUUGGGGCCUAUUUAAACCUCAUGCUUAUUGUUCCAUUCUCUUUCCUCUCCUGUUUACAAGUACAGCAAAAAAAAAUCAUUGGUUUGCAAAUAGUCUUGUAAUUACCAUAUGAAGAUACGUUUCUCCCAUGGAAAUGGCCUUGUGCAUUUAGAUAUUCUCACCAUGCUGCUGUCAAAUGCGGAGCAUGCCACAACUUCCUUACGUCAAAGUAUGGAGAAAGCAAGUCCAUGCAAAAGUAUUUUUCAUAGCACAAUACUGCAUGUGUAGUCCCACGAGAUUGCCCAGCUUCUCCUCGGAACUUCAGCUGAAGUUCUGGAGAACUUCUGGAUAAAACAAUAUGGGGAUAUCUUCCAUGGAUUAGCAAACUGACUGAAACUGCUGUGACUGGGUUUGAAUCAAGCCACAAUGGUAAUUAAGAGGCUAUUGAAGCAAUUCUUAGAUUUAUCAAGGUUUGAUUUUUUUUAAAAAAGCAAAACUCCUCAGUUUAUUCAUUUGAAUUCUUUGAUUUAGAAGAAACUUCAAAAUAUUUGGAGUGACGCAAACAAGACAUGCCCUGUUUCUUCCUUUGGCCAUUUUCAGCAGAUUUUUAACAGAUUCUCUGCCUCUUUUUAACAUUAAAGGACAUCUUUCCUCUUGGUUUUUUCCAUCCAACGUUCCCAUAUGCUUCUGAGUUCUUAGCACAACUUCCUGAUACCAGAAAAGAUCCGUGUGGAAGGAUCACGCAUGAUAGGAAGACAGUAUCAAAAUCAGAAGCAUGAAUGAUGAAAGCAGAAUUGUUGAGAGACGCAGGCAAGGCUAUAAUUUGGUACUUUGAAUGGACUUCUCAAUAAAGUCAAUUUACAAGAUCCUAUAAUAGCUUUCCCACUUCCUUUUCCCUCUUCUCCUCUCCUGGCAGGAGGAGGUUAAUCAGGAAUUGUCUGGAUUGCAACUUUUAUCAUGUUGGACUGCUGUGCAUGACAUUUAAGAAGAAUGCAAGCUUCUUUCUGCAGGGUCUUGUGUAUGAUGCCUGUGAUGAGUACAUCGUGUUUUGUCAUCUGUGUACGUUGAAAGUAUUACUACACAGCGUGGCUGCUAAGAUGUGAAAAUCUAUUGGAGAACUGUGAAUCAUGGUGUCAUUUGUUGAGGUCCAGUGCAGAUCUCCAGUGUCAGAGUUUUCUGAUACUAGCAUGGGAAUUUUGCUCAACAACCUGCAUUUUAGGUAUUUGAAUCCCUGUCCAAGAAAAUCUUUGCAUAUACAACUGGACUGUGUGACUUCUGAGUCUGGUUUCUAGUUAGCUUUGGGACACUCUUAAAACCUCCAGUUGCUCAGAAUUCAGCUAAAGACAUCUGCUGUAUAUAGCACACACCGCCAUCCACACUCACUGUGAACUAUCCAUGGAGUAUUAACAGUUUCCUAGGAUUUUAAUGUAUUGUUCAAUAUGUCAAUAUCUACCUUGUGAAGAAAUAUGAACCUGUUAGUCUGGUCUGCCGGACUCACUCGCUAGUCCUUCAGAUCAGCAUCUAAAAUGUUCCUGUGCUCUUUCCUCUUCUUGUGUCUGUUCCACCAUCCUCUCUUCCCGACCUCUGGUAGCAGCCAUGAGCAGGUCCAUGCCUGCCUGUACUCAACAGCUCAUAAUGGUGCUUUUUCUUAAGCCAGGCAGACUGCUGGAUUUUAUUCUGAGGUAUCCGACCUUGUACAAGUACCCUUAAAAAAAUGGGCGCAGAGUUAUCUUUUUCCCGAGUGUUGAGACUUCCACUUUUGCUAACAUUGUGACUGACUGUUCCCCUUUCUCUUCCAUAGAUAACACUGUGGGGAUUUAAUCACAUGUUACGCAUGUACUGGCUGCUGCCGGUUUUUAGCAAACUUGUUUUGUCUGCUUUCUUUAGUACAUGUAUAUGGCUUAAGUCUUGAACCCAGUGCAUGUCACCCUCUGUGAACUUGGACAUGACGUGAUGACCAAUCUUGCAUAAAGCCCGGAGGUAAGGGGAGGCGCUAGCUGCUGCAGUGGUCUGUCUGAAUUCACAUGCACUCCUCUGCAUUAUCUCAGAUUGCCUUGCAAUGCUUAUGUUCUGUCUCCUAAAAUAUUCGCACAGUCACAGCCAUGAGGAAGAGAAUAGCCUGAUGUGUGAAAAUUCAUCUUUUUGUUUCUGCUUUUCAGUUCUCACAGCUUCUCCAAACCUAACCUAUUUUCUCCAGUCAUUAUAAUGCAUUGCCAUUUUGGACUUUCUACCCUUUGAGAUCCAUCAGCUUUCUAAUUUUAAAGGAUAUCAUCACAGUGUCUCUGCUAUUUGCUGGAACUAUGCACAUCGGAAGAUUAAAUGGCAAGGCUCAGGGUGCCUUAUUUGCUUUCCCCAAAUCACAGCCAAGGAUUGGGGUAGGGGUGCAGCAUGCAGCAAUUGGAAAAGCAAUGCAGCUGCCUUUCAUUAAUCUGUAGUCACAAUUACAGCUAGGGCUGGCUGCUGCCUAAGCUUUACAGGAUUGCCCCCAGUCUAGGAAGGCAAAUUUAUCCUGUGCUCAUGCGAAAGUGACAGCCAAGUUGCGAAUAGCCACUCUUGUCAUAGCGGGAAACAUAAAUGGCUAACAGGCAUGCAGGGGCUGGUGCUUUUGGGCUAGAAUUUUACAUGAUUUUUGAAUUCCUUGUGGCCUAAAAAAUAAUGGUCCAUGAAAAGCAAUGGUGCAUCCCAUGGAGAAAGUAAGCUUGACUGAGGCUGUGACAUUGAAAUGAAACUUUCUACUUGUUGAAUCCCUUCCCUUUUUGGGGGUGGAGGUAUUUCCCCCUCCGUUGUCUAAACAGAGGAACACAUCUCUUUACAGUGCAACCAAAGGAUGUGGGCGGUGCCCCUGCUUAUUUAAAAAAUAUUUAUUGGAUCUUAAAAAAUCACUUUUUAAAAGCUACCUUCUGAAUAUAUAUGAAAUAAAUCAGGCACUUGAAAGGCAUUUUAAUGCUAUGCUCCUUUUAGCAAGUUCUGUUUGUUUAGCUUUGGAGGGAGUUGAGUGGCUAUGCUUUUUCAGAGAUAAGGUUAAUUUAUUAGCAAGAAGGAACAUUUUACUGUCUCCAAAAUUAUUGGGAGCUUUUGAUAGGAGGCUUUUUUUUUUUUUUUUUUGUGGGGGCAUUUCUGUGAUUCUUUUAUCUAUGUCUAGACAUUCAUAUUCCCAAUCAACUGAAUUGGGAACAAUAGAAAUAAUACCCUCUUUGUCACUUCUAUUUAAUAUUACCUUGGCAACAUAAGAAAGCCUAUAAUAACAUGUCAGUCAAGCCUCAAUAAUCUGAGCUGGGUGCAUUAGUGCAACAAGCAGGUCUGUAACGUACACACCAGCCCUAUAUUCCACACCCACUUAGUACCACAAUCUAGCCCCCUUCAUUUACCAGCUCUGGCCUCAAUGUACCCAUGUUCUCUCUCUUUUUGUCAUGAGGUCAGUUGUCAAUGUUCUUCACAUUAUUGAUGAACUUCAGAAAAUACAGCUCCGAAUGGGAAAAGCACACCGAUUUUGUUGGAAUCCUCUGUGAGCAUGGUUACUAGACCUCAACUUCUGGCCAUGGAGAUUUGCAUAAUAUGUGUGGAUUUUGCAUACUGUUUCCCUAUGAUUCCCAUAGAAAGGAAAUCUUAAUGGGAAUGAGCUGUCGUGUGAGAUGGAAAGAGGAAGUCAAAGCCUUCUGCAUGCUGCUAGGUUCUGCCCUCGUUAGCAGCAGAAACCAGGACCAUCUUGGAAUGUUUGCAGGCUGUUCAUGAAGUUGGGCAUUUCUAAGAAUUCCGCUGCAUGCCAUAGUGCUGGGAAUCAUGACUUAAGGCCGCUUGCCAUAUCGUCUUGCUGGAAUUUUGACUUGGUUCGCCAAGAAUCCAGCAGCACCUCUCCUCUGCUCUGACAUUCCAUGGGUAGAAGUUCUUAAGUAUUAGUGUAGUAAUUUGUGCAAUAACUUACACUGUCAUGUGAACUUCCUCUUAAUUUAAUCCAGAAAGCAAAAAUUAGGGGCAUGGACUCCCUGCAGCAAAGACUGAGCUUGACAGAUGUUGAAAGUUAGCUGCAGUGGAGAGCUGUGCCCAAAGAUUUGAGUACGAUAGGGUGACUUCUAGACACCUAACUGGAUUCUUAACCCUCCUUCUCUGCAGUCUGGUUUGGAAUAACUGGUCUCUGGACUUCUUUGUAAGAGGGAGGUGUUUUUUGUGGGUCAAACUACCCUUUCAAUUUUCCUACUGUGUGUUGUGAAGUUCACAAGAGCUGUGAGCGAUAUUCCUUGUUCUGUAAAGUGGUACUGGACUUGAACCUACAGUGUCAUCUUAAAGAAACAAAAUGAAACAAUAAAGUAAGAGAAAUGGAACAAAGCAAUUCAGAUUGCCUAAGGACUUUGUUUUAGAAUCAAAACAGCAGUGAUAUAUGGACAGAAAUACCAGCUCUGUGAGCCCUUGCCACUAUGUGUGGGUGUCUUUCAAUAUGCGAAUGCAUUUACUUUUUCACUGGGCUCCUGGGAUUUGAAUAUAAUCUCUUUGUCAAUUGCUGCAAAAGACCUGGGUAAGACCCAGGGUAACUUCCAGCUGGGGGGAAUUCUGCUCUCAACGGCCAUCAUGGGCACAAACUAUAAAUUCAAGUGCUUUUUCCCAAACGUUGCAUGCUUCCCAUACCAGAGAAGAGGGGCAAUUUUAGAUAUUAGUACUUCACAGGCGAUAAAGGCCUCUAAAAGGCUUCUUAAUAGUACAGGCUGCUGCAAGUAAGUAGGCUGUUGAUAGCACAAACAGGCAAUGAAGUAUUUUUCUGGUGGCUUUUAAAUGACUUGCCAGUCACAAAAGGAAGACCAAGGGAAUAGUUGUAUAUAAUGGCUCUGCAAGGGUAAACCAAGAGGCAGCAGGUCUAGUUUAUAAGAUGACAUUUGGAUUAAUGGGAAGAAACCAAGGCCCUCCAGUAGAAGAAACUUUGUAGGAAACCUUUUGGAAACUGAAGGUUAGCAAGUGGAUGUUGAGCCAGCAGCUGUUGGCUUGCUAAACAAUUUGUUGGAGAGUUCUCGCCUUUCUUAGCUUUAUGAAGUUGUGAAAAAUUCGAAUGCAAGUAUUGAGUGAGUAAUCUGAUUGUAAUUUAAAUAGGCGUUGAAAAAAUUUCUCAGGAGUGCAGAAGCCAAUGUGAUUUACACACCCAAUUGAGAGGGACUAAGAUAAAUGUGAACAUCUUCAAAACCACUGUAGGCUUGGUUUCUAAAUCCACCCCAGCACUCCUGUUCACAUGGUGACUUCCUCAGUGAGUGUACUUCUCUUUCAGCAUCACCAGUCCAGUCACUAUUUACCAGCAACUAGGAAUCGGAGGUUAGGUUAUCUAGUGGAAGAGGGGAAGCCAAUUCUGUCCGACAGCCAGCUGCUCAGCAUUGCAGGGCUCCUGUGCAUUUAUUAUCACAGCUCAGUGGGGUACAAGCACUGUAAUAAAUUCAGUAUAUGCUGUUUGGGUCUAAGAACUUGGGGGAAUCAUCGAAUUUGCAGCUGAAGGGUUGCUUGGAGCACAAGGAAUGCAGAAUGUGCACAUCACACAAAGACUUCCAUUUUGCAUUGCAGGUUUUGUGCUUUUCAGCAUGCAAAAGUAACUCGCCAUCCUCAUGCCUAUGUAUGCUUUUCUUGCAAACAUUGCUUGGCAGUGAGGUUCUGUAGACCCCGACAAAGCAGAAUUCACAUUCAUGGAAGGGAUGUUACGGUCCUGGCCACUGUGAGGCAACAUUGGCGCACAUUUGUCUGGUAGUUGUAGCCCCAGAAAUACGUUGCACUGUGCAUUAGACAGAGCUGUUCCUUUUCUUUGAAAACUGGGUAGAGCAGAAUUGAAAGAAGCUUCCUCCAGGUGGUUUUUUUGACAACUUUGUGCUCAUAGCCUCAUGACAGCAACUAAUUUGGCCUGUUGUUGGGACUCUUGGUCAUUUGGGACUCUUCAUCUCCUUGUGUCAGAGGUCUUCAGCAGGGUGUGUACACCACACACUUGUGCUGUUUUAAAUACAUCCUGGGGCUAUCGACUGGAGCCAGUUACAAGAUAGGAACCUGAGCAAUUCUGAAGGAAGCUUUCCGGCAUCCAUGGUCUUUGCUCGCUUCCAUGUGCAGAUGCUUCCAGGAAGCAAACAGUCUCAGAAUGGCAGUCUUUGUACCUCUGCUCGGAAAUAGGACCCACUGAAGCUGCAGGGCAUUGCCUUUAUAAGAAGUCCAGUUUAAAGAGCAGAAUAAAGUGGAAUUACAACGUAUACAACCCCCUUGUAUCACAGACCACUUGUGUUGGAGUAAUCUUACUUUUGCUACCUGAAUUUUGAGAGAACACCCAAACAGCACACUUCCUUCCAGUCUUCUUCGUGGUCUCAGGGUAUCACAUUAUCAGGAAGCUUCCAGAGCUAAUGCUGAGGAAACAGGUUUUCAGGGACCCGCAGAUGGAAUGGGGGUAGUAAGGUUCCGUGAACACAAAGAAGACAAAAUUCACAUGGAUGAAAGGGAGUUAGAAUCCAAGUCACUGUGUGGCAUCAAGGGAACUUGGGUAUCAACAAGCACUACUUUCAGUCUCAAUUGUGUAACAAGAAAAAUCUAAGGUGGUGAGAGUGGUGGGAUUGAUAGCAGCAGGCAACUGACAUUCCUAUCUUAGGAGCAGAGGCAACUGGACGUACCUGCACACACAUGAUGUCUCUUAUGCACAACGUAUAAUGAGCAUUUUGCUGCCCUUUGACAAGAUUUCGCAGGAUGAAUUCCCUCCCUCCCCGCUUUCCUCUGACUACUGAAAUAUUCCUCGUAGCUGGGAUGAACCGAUUUUUUUUCCAGCAACUGAACUUUGUUGUGAACUAUCUCAGUAGUAAUGCAAGAUUUUUGGGUAAUGGGGUCUUGAAUGGCCAUUUAAGUCCCAUUCCCUUUACAAAAGAGAUGAAAAUAGUUGGAAUUGGUUUGUGUACAGAUCAACACAGCCGACUAGACUAAUGGACUAUCCUUGAUGAUGUGGCUGCCAGCUUGGUGUGGCCUUAGAACUACUUUUAAGAUGAGUGCAAAGCCAUGAGGAAGCUGCUCAUCCUCUGUUGUCUGACCCACCUUGGAACUGGCAUGCUGUCUGCCCACCGCUAGUUCGUCUUUGGACAUGCUGGAUCAGAUCAAAGAUGUCUCCCUGGGCUUGCUUCCCUACCUCACUACCAUUAAGGAAUUGCUCUCCUUCCCACUGAAAGUAGAAUUCAAAUGGUACUUCUAGGUGAUCAUUAAUACUGUCCUGUUGCUUCCAGCAAACCAUAAUUCCAUUGUCCUGUAAUACUUUUCUCAGGAGCUGGUCUCAUUCAACAAAAGUCCCCCACAUCCUUUAAUUAAAACAGUGUCCUAGCAGUUUCUGCCCCCUUUUAUUGCUUUCUGAGGAAGGCUGAUGGAUGAAUAGCCUGCUCUUAUAUACUAAGGUUUGGACUGAAAGCAAUUAAUUGAAAGUUACUUUCAACUAAGGGAAAUGAAGGGACUAUUCAUUGGUAAUUCUGUUACCAUACUAAUCAGGAAGUGAAAUCAUAGGGCUAGAACUAGAAAGUUGGAAGUUUCUAAUUAAAGACACAGUAGCCUUGAAAUGCCCUGAGAGCACUUUGCCAGUUCAACUUGCCCUGGUGGCCAUUUAUUUUAACUAUUCUUCCCCCCUCCAAAAAAUGACAAUGACGACAAAACAGUGGAUGUGGUAAGGGAAUAAGAGCUUAACUCAGAAAAUACCAGUGCAAGGACUGGCAAUAAGCCAACAUUGAUUUCAGAUUCGUCAGCCACUAUUUUGUUUCCAAACAAUAGCCAGAUGCCAGCAGUCACGUGUAGGACGUAAAAGUGAUUGUUUUGCCUUUCUCCAGCCUCUGGUAUUCAAAGUGGGGGUCUAUACACUGUGUUGUUCCCUCUCUGGCCACCAGAGGGCAGAUUUUUACUAUCUGGAAUACGUUUCAAAAAUACUUCAAUGCUGGUAAAUUUUGAAUAGCUUUAUAGGAGAGAGAACAUGAGAAUGCCUUUGACCAUCUUAAAGACUCAGACAUUUAUAAAAGCAUAAUAAAUAGGGAUAGAAUUCCCUCAUUGCUGACAUCCAGCAAACAUCUACAGUAUUGAUUUUCACAUGCUUGCUGAAGCCCUUUUCUUUAGAGGGUGAACUAUCCCUGUAUAUCUUUUUAUCCAUGUGUAUCUGACGUAAAACUUCAAUACUAUUUGAUGGAUUAUGGCGUUUUAUGCUCAAAUAAAAUAAGAGUCUAAGUGAUAAGACACUGGUUGGCCCAUCAAAGCAGGAGCCACUGUACAGCUGGUACCCUGCCAAAAGGAUUGAUUAUGUGGGGUUGAACUUGGAUAUUGCAUGGGCUCCAACCCUUUUUAUUCCAAUCCCAGCCACUUCUCUUCCAACAGAACAUGAAUGUGUUCAGUACAUAAGGCUCAGACAAAAAUACACCAUGCUGCUUUCCUCCCCACCCUCUUUAAAAGCUGUAAAAUGGGUGAGAAGCCCUUUCCAGCUUGAGAGCUGCAUGAAUACGCUCUCCAGGACCAGAUACCAGUGCUUGAUGGAGCUGAAGGCAAAGCAGACAGCACCAAAAUACCAGGAAGACCUUCCUCUUUCCGCUUCAAAUCCUUCCUGCCAGUCCUGAAGCCUGAGAAGCAUUGCAUCCUUCCAAGCAUUUCAGCCUUCCAGAUGUUGCUCCAGCUGAGGCUUCAGAUCCCUGCAGUUGAACAGUUGCGACUAAAAUAAUUAAAAAAUAAAAAGGUGUGCAAAUUGGUUUUUGCUGAGAGAGAGAAAGGAAAAUGUCUCCCAGUCACAGACAGCCCUGCCAAGGUGCUCCUUGGGAACUCUGAAGGGCUCGGCAGCGCCAAGAUGUGAAUCACAAAAGCUUCUGCCACACUAUCUUUUGCAAUCUCUGAAGCAAAUAAAGCAAAGGUACACUGCACACACACACAAAAGCAAAGAUAAACUGCACAAAAUAGGCAAGAGAAGAGAAAAAACUGCACAAAAGCUACAGGGAGCUGAAAUCUGCUCACGAUCACGGCAGGGAAUGGAGAGACUAUUCUGGGAUACUGCUGGGAGGACCAAGUGAGGAAGGCCAAGCAGAAGGAGCCAACAGCUGCCCAUGAGGCCGGCUGUCUGCUGGUUUCACCACCGGUUGCUCACACAGCUGCCAGAUCACGGUCGCUAGGUGGGUUGGUGUAAUCUAUGCGAAUCUGUUCAUCGUGCUGUUUUGGGGGCCUGAUGAAUAGGUCUUUAUUUCGCGAAGCCUUCCUGGGUUGACGACCCGUGGUUUUUAUUCCCCACCCAUCCCCAUGAUGGCUUUUAAAGGUCCUGUUUUGUUCUGAAUGCAUGCACUGAAGUGGACAAGCAAGGCCUCUUGCUGCUGCUGAUGAAGGCUGCUUGUGAACCAGAGCAGCAUGUCUGCAGAGGGUGACGUCCACCAGAUGCAGCUAUUAGGGUUUAUGUAAUUACGCUGGGCAUCUGGCUGAUAGCGGCUGUAUUAGUUUUCUAAUUAAAAAUAUGACUCGUGUAACAUCACGUAUCCUCCGUCCCUUCCCCAGACUGCUGCUCUCUCUCGGGCUGCAUUGCUUUUGGUGCAGUUCUUUUCCUAACUGCAUUUCUGGAAUUCCUUACUCUUCACCUGGGCCACCUACGAAGCCUGGCCUGUCCAUCUUAAGGCACACCUCUGGGAGGCUACGGUUUUAUAGUUAGCCUGCAGCUGGCCACCCAGCCUAACCAUACCGAAUCCAUCUUACCCAUGUCCAAGUGGAAGAAACCUCAGCUUUACAAGCAGUCCUCCACCUCUGCUGAAUCCCACAGAUGCUGGCAUUGUAAGUCAGGGAAGUGGGGGAGCCCAUAUUGGACCCUAACCCUAACCCUAACCCUGAGCUUGGCUUCCUGGACUCUGAUCUGCUUCCUCACAGCCCCGAGUUUGAAUUCCUGGCGCACGUGCCCUGCAUUUGUGGGGUGCUUGCCAGGCAUGCCCCGUAUGCUAGUGGCACCCCUCUUCUGUCAUUUGUGGUGCUGCACCUGAUGUGGAAGAGGGGUACUGUUGGACAGCAGGCACAUGGGGCUGCUUUUCUGGCACCAUCCCUCUCAGCAACCUUCUUCUGCACCUGCUGUGGAAGAAGGUUCUUGGUUGCCCAAGCUUUGGUAUGUCAUUUGUUGACUGACUUCCUCUUGACUUGGCUACCUUUGCAAGACUGAGCUGAGCAUGAGAGGAAGUUUCUCAAUGCUGGAGGGACAGAUUCUGGUAAGCUUUGUCCCAGCCCUACCUGGACAUACCUGUAGCUAACACAAGGUAGGCAAAAAUCACAAACCCGAUCACCCACAUGCCCAAACAGGCUGGCAAGGACAUAUUAUGCCAGUCCUCCACCAGCUCCCUGUUCCAGCCCGGGCCCAAUUCCAGGUGUUGUCUUUGACGGAUAAAGCCCUAAAGCUUGGGACCAGGGCACCUGAGGGAGCACCUUUCUCCAUAUAUUCCUACCUGUCCACUUAGAUCCUCUUUGGAGGUCCUCCUCUGAGUGCCCUCCCCUAGUGAAAAGGCUUGGAUUCUUGGCAACAGCGCCUAGAUUCUGGAAUUCAAGAAUUCCCCCAGGAUAUACAGCUGGUACCAACUGUUCUUUCUUUUAGGUGGCAGCUGAAAACUUUUUCAUUUGAACGAGUUUUGGGUUAAUUAAUUAAAUUUAAUGUUUUUAUCCCUUGUUAUAGAUUGUUUAUUUGAAUUUAAUCUUGGCUUAUUCAUUCAUUGUGCUUAUUGGUGUUUAUGGGUAUAUUUUUUUAUGUGACGUUAUCUAUUGUUUCAUCUAUUUUAUCAGGUGAUCAAUAGUUUUAAUCUUCUAUCUGUGUCUUUAUGCUGUUUUAGUAUUUGUAAGCCAUGCAGAGAACUUUUAGCUUAUGGGGCAGCACUGAAAUAAACAAACAAACAAACUGCGGGGAAUCUUGGAGAACCCAACUGUGGACCAAGAAUCUGCCUGAUUCUUUGGGGAACCUCACUCAGGAAGGGAUCCAAAGAGAGAUCUUCCACUAGGAAAGGAAGUGCAAAGUCCUUCCUAAAGCACAGGUGCUAGCUAGCCUGCAGGUCUUCCAGAAGAAGGCAAGGCCUGAGACUGGUACCAGGUUCUUCAAGGGAUCAGGCAGAGAUCUUAAUGAAAACCUGGGCAUAACUAGUCUGUAUUGUUCUGUUUUCUUGGAUGUUUGCCACUGAACUAUCACUGUAAACUGCUUCUUGCUCUGUAGUUUGACUGCCUUUAAAAAUAAACCCUUUGCUCUGUUCUCACCGAAA